GCCGAUAAUGGUGCUGUACCCACUGGCAGCGCCGCCCGCUGUGAUGGCGGCCGGGGGUCUCAUCACGUGACGCAGCGCAGGGGGGAAGAGGCGGUUGCUAAGGGGGAUGCUGAGGCGCGGCCCGGAUGGGCGGCGUAAAAAUAUUUUAAAAGGGUGGAUGAAGGGAGUUGGGCACGGGGAUCGGUCCCUGUCUUGCUUCCACUUGGCCAUAGGAAGUAAAAGUAGCUGUCACGGGCGUUUCGGGGGUGCUGAAGGGAGGUCCCGCCCUGGAAACGCCUUUGGUUUCUGUCUGUCUGCAGGCUGCGGAGUUUGGGCUGCCACACGACAAAUGAAAAUGAGACCUGGAGAGGUCCUUAUAGACUGUUUAGAGUCUAUUGAAGAUACCAAAGGAAACAAUGGAGACAGAGGCAGACUGCUUGUGACAAAUUUGCGGAUUAUUUGGCGCUCAUUGUCAUUGCCCAGAGUCAAUCUCUCUGUUGGUUACAACUGCAUUAUAAACAUAACUACAAGAACUGCCAACUCAAAAUUACGGGGACAAACAGAAGCUCUGUAUAUAUUGACUAAAUGUAACAAUACACGCUUUGAGUUCAUAUUUACCAAUGUUGUUCCUGGAAGUCCCAGACUCUUCACUUCAGUUAUUGCUGUGCACAGAGCUUAUGAAACUUCUAAAAUGUAUCGUGACCUGAAGCUGAGAAGUGCAUUGAUUCAGAACAAGCAACUGAGAUUAUUACCACAAGAACAAAUAUAUGAUAAAAUCAAUGGAGUUUGGAAUUUAUCAAGUGACCAGGGAAACUUGGGAACAUUUUUUAUUACUAAUGUGAGAAUAGUUUGGCAUGCAAAUAUGAAUGACAGCUUUAAUGUCAGCAUACCCUAUCUACAAAUUCGUUCAAUAAAAAUAAGAGACUCCAAGUUUGGCUUGGCACUUGUGAUAGAGAGUUCUCAGCAGAGUGGAGGAUAUGUACUUGGUUUUAAGAUAGACCCUGUGGAGAAACUACAGGAGGCAGUGAAAGAAAUUAAUUCACUUCACAGAGUUUAUUCAGUUAACCCAAUAUUUGGAGUGGAUUAUGAAAUGGAAGAAAAGCCCCAGCCUCUUGAAGACUUAACAGUGGAGCAAGUUCAAGAUGAUGUGGAAAUAGAAUCUGAUGAGCAGACAGAUGCUUUUGUGGCUUACUUUGCUGAUGAAAACAAGCAACAUGAUCGGGAGCCUGUUUUUUCAGAAGAACUAGGACUUGCAAUAGAGAAGCUAAAGGAUGGAUUCACACUCCAGGGACUCUGGGAAGUAAUGACCUGAUUGAGAUCGUUAUGUAUUUGUUUCCCAACCAAUUAAACAUUUAGCUCUUAUUGAUUUUAUGAGAUCUAUAGGUUAUUGAACAAUACAAGAGUAGCAGAUAAAGAACAGGCAAAUACUAUAUAAUGUGUACUCAGGAUAUGCCAGAACGAUUAUUCAAAAGCUGUAUACACAUAAAAGCUUUCUAUUUAUUACAUUGUUCCUGUAAGUAGUAGAAAGAGGACCAGCAUCCGCCAGAGCACGGGACAGGAGUGUGGCCCCAGCUUCUGGUGGGAGUCCCACCCCCUGCAGGCAGACACGUGCUCUACAAGCCCCCUGCAGUCCCACUCCACUGAAUCUGAAAGUCCUUCUCCUCUACAUGAAUGGUGGCUGCUGUUUGUUUCAGCUGCCAUUCUAACCAGCAUUAUAUGAAAAUGUCUCCCACCGUGUGUUUUAAUAUAGCUUUGUGAUUGGCUUACUGCCAUUCUUGACACCUUGGUACCCCAGGUGUUUUAAGGCAGGGUGUUAGAGGGUAUCAGAGCAAAGGCUUCCUACCCUAAAAGCAGAUGGUCCACCAUUUUUGUUUUGCUUUUAACAGGUUAAUGCCCCACUUAGUGCCAUGGCUGCCGGGAUCAGCCACUCCUGCCAUUUCACCUUGUAGCACAUUUUACCUAGAAGCAUACUAGAAAAGGAAAACACCAUUUUUGAUUGUGCAAUGAAUGUAGUUUCAUGCCCAACUUAAAGUAUUCAUGUAUUUUCAUACAGCAAUGUACUCUCCUGUAAUUAUAUCUAAAUCAAAUUUCCAUAACUUGUUUCAUGUUGUGCUACAUAGAAAUACAAUUAAAUGUACAACAUUUUGUAUCCAGAUGUAUUGGUUGUGUCACUGUAGCAGUGUUAUGUUACUGACUUCUUUUUUUUUUUUUUUUUUUUUUUUUUUGACAAAAAGCAAUACCAUUCCAAAUACUAGUUUUCAUAUCUCAUCAUUUAUGAAGAAUUCAUUAUGUAUCAUUCCAGGUAUUCAAUUGCAAUCCAGGUAUCUUCAUAUAUUUUUUUCCUGUUUGUUUUUUUGUUUGUUUGUUUGUUUUAUGGGAUGACAAAGUACACACAUAAAUAGAUCCUGUGUCUGAGUCAUUAGACCUGUAUGGUGUUAUGUGUUAGAAAUGAGUCAUUUAUUGUUUAAGGGAAGAUGCAGCUGUUACAUUUUCUAGAGAGAUAAGACCUCUGUACUAUUUUCUGUAAGUGGAAAAAGUCAAAUGAGCUGUCUAUUCAGCUGUUGUUUUAGCAGCUGACUGUUAUAGUAAACUAAUUGUGGUGCAGAUAUGUUUGUAGAAAAUCUUUAAAGGUAUAUAUUUUAAUGAAACACUACUUAUGGUUGAAAAGCAAUUAAGAUUUCAAUAAACUCAAGUAAUGUUAUACCUCUUUAUAGGUCUUGCAUUCCACUAGUU